AUGUCUGGCCGUGGCAAGGGAGGCAAGGGACUAGGAAAGGGAGGGGCCAAACGUCACCGCAAAGUCCUUCGCGAUAACAUCCAAGGCAUCACAAAGCCAGCAAUUCGGCGAUUGGCUCGCAGAGGUGGUGUAAAGCGUAUCAGUGGAUUGAUCUAUGAAGAGACCCGUGGAGUGCUCAAGAUCUUCCUUGAGAAUGUGAUUAGAGAUGCUGUGACCUACACAGAACACGCUCGCCGGAAGACUGUUACGGCCAUGGAUGUGGUGUAUGCAUUGAAGAGACAAGGCAGAACCCUUUAUGGGUUUGGUGGUUAGGGCUUUGGAUUGGGAUUUUAAGUCUUGCUGUCAAGAAAUUGUGUAGUUUUUGGGCUAUGUAUGUGUUGAGAAGGGUAGGUUGGUAAUUUUGGAUUAGUGUAAGCAAUUCAAUAGAUUAGGCCUUUGGUUUUGGUUUUGACCAUGCUUCUGGGUUUUGUUGUAACUAUGCUGAAGUUGGAAUGCAACGAAAUGAAAUGGGGGUGUUUGAUUCA